AAGAAGAAGCAGUAACGUUAGCAAUGGCGAUAUUUGCAGUGAUCUUGGUGCGAAAAUAUACAACAAAUGUCUCCACUGGACGCAUUCGUGAUCAUUGAAGCUAAUAUUUUGUUUGUGUCAAUAGCCCAAUGUCUGUCUGUGUUAGAAAAGGCAUAUCGUCCAAUUAGUUAGCGUCCUUUGCAGCAGUUUAGUCGUGUGUUAUUACAAACCGCUAGCUGGAGCUGAAAGAGCAACCAUAAUUUCAUUGUUUAACCUUUAGUUUCGUUGUCGUUUUCUGAUAAAUAACCAUGCCGCUAGGUUUGAAACCGUGCUGUGCAGUCUGCAAGACGAACUCUUCGUCUAUGUGGAAAAAGGGAAAUCAGGGAGAGAUCCUGUGUAACAACUGCACAGGAAAGAGCAGCAGCGGAGGAGCAUCAGGACCCUCAAUGUCCUCCAACACUCAGCCCAGCAAUGGCGGAGGAAAACAGUCUAAGCAGGAAAUCCACAGAAGGUCUGCACGUCUGAGAAGCACCAAGUACAAAGCUCCAGCCUCUGAGAAGAAGGUAUCAACAAAAGGAAAGGGAAGAAGACACAUAUUCAAGCUAAAAAAUCCAAUUAAAGCACCAGAAUCAGUCGCAACGAUUAUCACAUCAGAAUCAGUGUUUUAUAAGGGUGUGUACUACCAGAUUGGAGAUGUGAUAAAGGUAACGGAUGAGGAUGACGGGAAGCCUUACUAUGCUCAGAUUCGAGGUUUCAUACAGGACCAGUAUUGUGAAAAAAGUGCCGCCCUGACCUGGUUAAUCCCCACCCAGGCCAGUCCAAAGGACUUCUUUGACCCUGGGACAUACAUAGUUGGUCCAGAAGAGGAUUUGCCAAGGAAAAUGGAGUACCUUGAGUUUGUGUGCCAUGCCCCCUCUGAAUAUUUUAAGUCCCGGAGCUCUCCGUUUCCCACCAUUCCCAUCCUACCAGAGAAGGGCUACAUCUGGACUCACAUAGGAGCAGCACCCACCCACACUGCUAAAGAGUCUACAAGCAGCAGCAGUUAACAGGACUGUGAUAUGGACUUAGUCUGUUGGUUUUAAACAGACGUUUGUAUAUUUUUGUAACAUAAUGAGAAUAAAACGAAAAUGGUUGUGUUUGCAACAUCCAUAACUUCAGAAUAAGGACAAAUAAAAAACGUAAUUAUUUCUGAUAAAUUCAUCACACAACUGCAACAGUUGCAUUUACUUUUGUAUUUGGUUAUAAGAAAGCUGUUUCUACUACUGUUUCUCUCUGUUAAUUCAACUGUUAAUAAAGAA